AUGGACCUAGCCCUCUGCCCAGGCGAUCACACGCCCUCGCGCCUCUCAGGUGUCAAGCCCACACGCUCCCUUACGAAGGGGGACAUCACCACAUUCGAUACCACCGACUGGCUCGAGGCGUCGGUCCAAAAUCUCUACGAUAUCCUAUACACCAGCGCCAAAAUCCAGUGGGGGGAAACCAGCCACAUUCGGAAGGCCCUCAACAGGGCAGUGGCGAUCCAACGCACCAACCGGGGCCGAAUAUCUAAUCUCCGACUUGCCCACAUGGUGGAAUUGCCCAAAUGGAUCCGCAUUCCAAACCUUCCCCCGUCCACGUGCUGGCACAGCUUUGGCGCCAUAGCGAUCGGGCAUCGCACGCUGGAAAAAUGUAUGUCGCAAAAGGCGCGACUGGCGUACCACCUGCAUCCGACAAACCCGCGUGCACCAACGAACCGCAUGGUUCCAAGGCCGCCAAACGCGGAAAUUCCUCCGAUCAGCACUCGGAGCACCCACUCCACCCAUUCCAUCCAGAGUGUCAUAAUCCGUCCUGCAGAUGUCCUCCCCCGCUACAGCUCGGACCAGGAAGAGAUACACUCCGACCGCCUCCAAGGCCCCACUUUGUCAGUGACUGCCUCCUCCAUGAUAUGGAUCGCCCAGACGUCCGUCGUUGCGCAGGCCUUCCAAACUCCCGCGGGCACCACAUGGGACACCACCUAUCACUACGAUGCAGAUAUGCAAGCACGCUGUGACCGCAGUCUACAUACGAGAGUGUCCCCAGGUUAUGGGGGUGUAUCCCAGGAACUCUGGAUUUCUGCCUCGGCGUGCAUCCGUGAACGGGAACGAACCGUCAUUAACCUUAUCCUACGCACAUGCCUAGUCCCCCCGAUCCUCGAACACAAGCAGAUGAUAUACCUCGCCAAAUCGGCCAUUGCCCGCGGCGUGGUAAACCUCGACCUUGGUCUUCCUCCUUGGCGCCCCAUCAUUGUUCAGACUGCCCUCAACAGCUGGGUCAUGGAGUACAUCUACCGCAAGCUCGGUGUCCCAUCCCUUCCUCGCCAGCUCAUGGACCAUUUUCUUGAAGCCAGCCAGAUUGACAUCCGCACGGUCUUUGGAUGGCUCGACGGGGGCAUCCGCACCCAAACACGCACCAUCUCCAGCCUCCUCUUCGUCGACGACGCACUCGACAUCUCCACCUCCUACUCGGUCAUCCAAGACCGGGCUAAGAUUUCCAACUAUUUCACAGGCCAAUCUGCAUCGGGAGGCGUUUUCGGAGCCGACAAAUUAUUCCUAUUCUACCUCUCACCCCACGCUUACCCUGCCAUCACCCUCAAUGAUGGGCUCGGAAACCCCCAACCCAUCCGUGUGGUGGCGCCCUCCGAGGCCUUCGGCACCUGGGCAUACCACAACCAAUGGGAGAAGACCACUCGUACCGUCUGGCUCAAACUCAACACCCAAGCUCCUGCCAUUGCCCCUCGCGGGCUGGGGAAAAGAGAGCUCCAAUACAUCAACGCUGUGUGGAUUCCAAGUGUCCUCUUCCGCACGGCCAUCAGCGACACCAUCAAUAUUGCACCUGCCCUCGACACCCUUUUCCGUAAGACGACACGCCGUGUCCUCCGGUUGCCGCACGACCAUCCAAAUUCAUGGUUCUACGCCCAUACAUAUGGCUUGGGUAUCGUCCACUGUGAACGCUUCAGCCACAGCCAACGACUCUAUCAAUUCCUUCGGAUUGCAAAUGACCGUGGCUCGCCCGCCCACGAAAUCCUCAUGGAAUCCCUUGAGGCCUACCAAAUUGAGAGCGGCCUAACUGACCACCCACUUGUAUUCCGCAUCCCCCCACCCGCCUCAGACACAGCAUUUCUAGGUACACUACUACGAGACCUUGCUACUUUCAAACCCGCCCUCACCAUCACCACCCAAAGGCACCACCCCCCGCUAGCAGUCCCCACCAUCCCAACGACCGCCCUAUCUGGGCUCACCUCACCCCAGCCCACGGCACUUCCCUCAUCUCCAUCAACUGCGCUCACGCCAACAAAACCUGAUACACUUAGCUACCGCAUUGGCCGACGUAUCAGUCUCCAAACUCGCCAUACUCCUGCUGGCCCUGAAAUCGCCGUCACCUCCUGGCAUGAACUCCGAAAAGGAUCGGACAUCUGGUACUCAUCUACAUCACGCGAAGCCCCCAGCCGACUUCGCCUGGUCCCUAGUGCGGGGUGUGCGAUCCUCACUGGCGACCUCCUCCGCACCAGCCGCAUCCAACGCCUCAAGCCCAGCUCCCACACGACCAACAACCUCCCCCACAUACCACACCUGUAUGUACUGCUUGCCACCGCAUCGCGGACACUACCGUCUGUAUGGACUGCGGGCAAUGGCACCAUACUGUCUGUAUUCGGUACGCCAGGAUAUUCUACACCACUCCACCCCACGUACGGCCUCCAUACCCUCCCCCUUCGCGGUGCCCUCACACACUCCGUCGGCGACGGCAGCGUCACGCACCAGGACACACGAACAGCUCAUGGCACAUGGAGCUACUUAGGCCGCGACGAUACCACCCUUGUAGAGCCCAUUAAUGUCCACCCCGACCACAUCACCCCCACAUGCUGUGAAGUACACAGCCUCUGGGGAUGCAUUGCUCCAAAUCUGCGAUAA